AUGUUAACAAUGGCCGGGCGCAUGUGGUCAAAACUUUGCUGUGGUCAAAAGGGGCUGCUCUUCCUCUUUCCCCUCUUCCUCCUCUUCCUCGCGAUAUUUGUGAUGGCUAUGACCCUGCCCCGUCCUUUGCCGCACUCUGACAUGGACUGGAGGUCGUCCCGAGCCCUGAGCUCCACCGGGGAGCUGAGACCCAGGCCCAGAGACAUGAAUUCACCCACUGUUUCUUCUAAUCAGCAGCAACUCACUCACAUCCAGAGCAGGACCUGGAAACCCUCUCCAAAAGACUCAUUUAAAUAUUCAGUGCCAGCUAAACUUGUUGCUCGUGAGGACAAAAACAACAUAAAAGACAGAGGUCACCCAGACUUUGUCAGAAGUAAGCAUAAAAACAAUGGCAUUGCUUCAAAACGAAAAGAAUUGGCAGGCGCCAAUCUCUCUCGGUUUACAGUUAACAACACAGGGCCAAAACAUAGAAUCAAGCCAAGCGACCACGGUGCUGUGGUGAAGCACUCUGCACGGGUAAAUGGCAGUCAGGCUGCACACAGACAGGCAGCCAGAUGGCACAGGAAAGCAGACUCACCAAUACAAAGUGCAAAGCUAGGUCAACAUCACAAGGAAAACAACAGACCAGCAACAAAUCACUCUGGGAAAUCUGGCAAAGUCGCUAAGGAUUGGCAGGCUGUGAAAAACUCCUCUAGGGAUCUGAAAAAACAACACAAUCCCUCGGAAGAGAAGGAAAAUAAUCCUGGCUCGGCUUUGUCCAACCAAAAGACAGCCAUGAAGAAAAAGGAGGGCGCCUGGUGUCGGAGCUUCAGAGAGCAGAACUUCCCAGGCAGUGACCGGAGGAGGAUCAGGGUCAGCCCAGAGCUCCAGCCCUGGCUCAGCAAGGAGGACAUCCAGAAGAUGGAGCUCCUGGCAGGGGGCCAGGUGGUCAGUAAGGCCAGGGUGCCAGCACAUGGACAGGUGCUCCAAGUGGCACUGGAUCCUCCUGCACCCCAGCAGAAGAGGGAUCCACCUUCCCAAAACCAUGCAGAGACCCACAGUGACCGCUGCCAGCAGGGGCUCUGCUCCCUGGUCAAACGCACUGACGACUGGUUUGAAGUGUUCUCCUUCCACCUGGACCGGGUGCUGGGACUCAACAGGAGUCUCCCUGCUGUGCUGAGGACUUUCCACAGUGACAUUUUACCGUACCGAUAUACCAGCGGCACACCCAGACCUGUAGUUUGGUGGGAUCCAGACAUUAAACACCUGGCUGAUAAAGACAAUGACCAGAACUCAGUACCGCUCAGCUGGGCCAGGUACCAGAAGCUGCUGCAGGCCCACUGUGGGAGUGAAGAAAACCUGAAGACAACGCCCUGUGUGGGAGUAGACCACCCAGAGUGGGGGAGACUGGCUCUCUUCGACUUCUUAUUACAG